CGCAAAGCCAACAUGCGCCGAAUUUAUCCGUUACUACGAAAUACAAUACCAUUUACGAAACCCGUCAGUCGCCGAUAUCCGUCGACCAGGGUCCAAUGGCUAUCGUCAACGUCUUUACGGCCGUGCUCUUGCUCUGAUCAACAGGCACAACAACAGCCCUCAGAAAACCAAGCUGCGUCUUCGGCCGACUACCGCGCUUUAGGAACUGCUCAAGAUCUCUUCACCACAUCUAUUUACAGUCCCGGGUCGCCUCUUUUCCUCCCUAACGGCACUCAUAUUAUCAACAAGCUUAUUUCCUUCCUCCGUACACAGUAUCUUCAGUACGGGUUCCGUGAAGUCCUGACGCCGACAAUAUAUAAACAAUCGCUCUGGGAGGUCUCUGGUCACUGGCAAAACUACAAAGAUGACAUGUAUGAGGUGCGUGGGCGAGGAGCAAUGGGAGAUACAGAGGGUGAGGCUGGGGAGAAUGAGUCCUACGGACUCAAACCGAUGAACUGCCCGGGACACUGUUUGCUGUUCAAGUCACAGAACCACUCCUACCGCGAGCUUCCUAUACGCUACGCCGACUUCAGUCCUCUUCACCGAAACGAGAUUUCUGGUUCGCUGAGCGGCCUCACACGCGUCCGACGAUUCCACCAAGACGACGGCCAUAUUUUCUGUCGGCCGCAGCAGAUUAAAGGAGAGAUCAAAUCCGCGCUUGGGUUUGUCGACCUGGUGAUGACCACAUUUGGAUUAGGACCCUAUCGACUCGUGCUGUCUACGAGGCCCGAAAAGGAUUUCAUCGGCGAUCUCCAGCUGUGGGACAGUGCGGAAGCUCAGCUGCGCGAAGCUCUAGACCAGACCGGGAAAAACUGGGCGAUAAACGAAGGUGACGGCGCUUUUUACGGGCCCAAGAUCGAUAUCCAGCUUCAGGACCAGGCUGGCAAGUACCAUCAGUUGUCUACUAUUCAACUGGACAUGAACCUGCCACGGCGCUUUGAAUUGGAGUACCAAGUUGCAGAGGGAGAGGAAGACUACAAUCCAGCGACGCCUGGAAGGGCAACGCCCGUCUUGAUCCACCGGGCGAAUUUUGGAUCUCUUGAGCGCUUCCUUGCCCUGCUCAUUGAGCAAUACUCGGGCCGCUGGCCGUUUUGGCUAUCACCGCGGCAGGGCAUCAUAUUAACCGUGAACCAGGACGACGCUGUUGUGAAGCAGGCGCAUGAAGCAGCAGCGCAAAUCUCAGGAUUUAAGGCUCUUGAUCAGAAUGCGGCCGAUGGAAUACCUCAGCCUCUGUCAGCGACGGACUCUACAUUUUUGAUCGAUGUCGAUACGAGCAGUCAGACACUAAGCAAAAAGAUCCAGCGGGCGAAGCAGAUGAAAUACAACCUCAUCUUCAUUCUCGGUCCCAAGGAUCUUGCGGAGGGCCGGAUCAGCGUCGAUAUUACGGGCCAGAUGAAUAGCAAACCUGACCAUAAUGCCGAGAAGCUGCAGGCAGUGCUGACCCAACGCGUGGGAAAGGAAGCGUUGCGAAAACCACGGGCGAUUCCGUUGCCGGUUGAUGAUGUUCAUGACUUAUUGGUGCAAUUGGAGAAGCACUUUGUAUAA